AAUGGAGACUGAGGACAAGCCUAUGGAACUCGCCAAUAACACAGAGGCGGAAGACGAUUCUGAAGGAACAGAUGUGAAAGACAUGAGACUAGAAGCAGAAGCUGUGGUUAAUGAUGUGUUGUUUGCUGUAAGGAACAUGUUUGUCUCUAAAAGCCUUCCAUGUGCCGAGGACAUGGUAUAUAUUAAUGUGGAAACCAGGGAAAGGAACACGUACUGCCUGGAGCUCACAGAAGCAGGACUUCGGGUGGUUGGUUAUGCUUUUGACCAGGUGGAUGACAGUGUACAAAAUUCCUACCAUGAGACUGUCUACUCUUUGUUGGACUCUGUUAGCCCAGCGUAUAGGGAAGCUUUUGGAAAUGCUCUGCUUCAAAGACUGGAAGCCUUGAACAAGGACGGGUAGUCAUGAUUGAAUCUGCAAUCAAAAAUGGGUUUUAGCAAAGAGUUACUG